AUGACUGCAUUCACUCGGAUUUCAAACGCUUUCAACUUGCCCAAAACUCAGGUCCAAGUGGUGACAAAAGAGUUUACAACUGACUCCCCAUUAGAUGUGUUAACUGAUGAAGCUUCCGAAACCGAUGAUCUGCUUCUUUCAGUUGGGUCUCAACUGUCUUCAACAUCGGUUAUUCUUGCACUGGCCGUCCACGGUUUUGCAAGUAAUGUUAACAGUAACAACCUUUCAUCCCAUUCAGACACGAUCUUUUCACAUUUCAAUGAAGCACUUGCAGAAAAUUCUAAACUUACCAUGCUUCCCAACUACAAUAUCAAGGCUACUGGAAACGAAUGUGGCCUGUACUUGGUUAUUGAUCUCGGCGGUUCGACUCUCAGGGUAGCUGUUAUUGAUAUUGCUGCUCCAUUGCUGGACGAUGAAGAGGACCGAAGUGGAAGAAUCGAGGUUGUAAUCGAGAACAAGUGGGAAAUCAACGAUUCCUUCAAAAAUAUCAACAAUAAGUUUUUCGACUUUAUUGCAUCGAAAAUAUUCGAAACGCUCAACAGCCAGUCAUUAAUUGCCAUCGACCCGAAUACCAUAAUCAAUACGGGGAUCACCUGGUCAUUUCCAUUGGAUCUGAUAUCACAUAAUAGAGGAAAAAUAGUCCAUGUGAGUAAGGGCUAUACGGUUGAUCCCGAGAUCUAUAACCAAGAUUUGAAGCAAGUUUUGGAAUCGGCUAUGAAGCGCCAACAUGACUUAAGCUUAGAUGUGAAAGUAAUCAUCAACGACUCGUUGGCAGUGUAUGCUGCUGGUUCCUUCGUCGACGCUUACAUGAAAUUAGCAAUGGUAUUGGGUACUGGGGCCAACAUGUGCUGCUCUUUAGACACCGCCAAGCUUCAUUCCGAAAAGACUUUAGACCUGGAUGCUGUUUUACUCAACUCAGAGUUGUCCAUGUUUGGUAUGAACUUACUGCAGGACCUUUCUACUCCAUAUGACAAGAUCGUAGAUGAUCGUUUCCACAGAGCCUCGCUUAACUUCAAGCCCCAUAUGGAGGUGGAUCCCGAUACCAUGAGUAUUUUCCAGCCUUCAGAAUUGAUGGCUAGUGGAAGAUAUCUCCCAGAACUUACUCGGUUAGUGAUGGUGGAUAUGAUCAAAGAUGGUGAAUUAUUUGCCCUGAUUGAUCGCAAGUCUUUGAAAUCGCUUUAUAUUCCAUACGAGGGCUUCACUGGAGAGCUCUUGUGUGCUAUUUGUGAAGGAAACGACACCAAGAAAGCAUCUGAAUUGUUAACCAAGCAAUACGCACUCUCACAGCUGGUAUGUGAGGAAGAUGUGUUGAAGAUUAAAACGAUUGGAAACUGCGUUAUUGAGCGUGCAGCUUAUAUUGUUGCAUCCUCCAUCAUUGCUUUCAUAAAGCUUUUGAAAGAUCACAAUGGCCCAUUCACCAGCAAAUUUGUCGAUAUUGGAUUUGUGGGCUCGGUCUUGAUGUACUUUCACUCUUACCGAGAAAAAAUAUUAAAGUUUGUGAACGAAAAUAAGGAUAUCAAGGAUUUGGGAUUAGAAGUUGACCUCAAGCCCAUCGAAAAUAGUUCCAUCAUCGGAGCUGCCAUUGGCGCUGCAUACUACAUAAAUCAAUGA